AUGGAUUACCUGCGCUUGAGCACAUCUUACGCUCCAAAGAACGAAGCGAACAAUUUAAAAGAAGAAAAUCAAAAUACCGAUAAAUCAGAGUCCGAUUUUAAGGAAAUAUUAUUAGCGCGAAAUAAUGAACUGGCCGAAAUUAAGAAAAAAUUGCCCCAAUGUUCCGAAAUAUUAACCAAGAGCGAGAAUCUGACUUAUUGCUCUGUGGAUGGACUUAAUUCCGGGCUACCCUUGGUGCCUGAUGAGCAGGGAGUUAUAAAUAACGAAGGAGAGCCUGUUCCGAAUGACGUGGUAAUGCAAAAGUUUGGACAGGAUUUUAGUCCGGAGUCUAUAAUUCCAGGAUUUUAUACCUGGUUCCAAGGAGAUGGAUCAGUGGUCCGAUACGUAAUAGACUUCGUUUUGUAUACCUCAAGAGGUGACCGUUUUGUACCUUUGGAACACCUGGGUAGAUACGAAUCUAGGAUUCUGAUGUUCUGUAAAGUCAAACAUAUCGGUAUGGUCCACACAGUCGAAGAACUUUUGGAGACUAACCACCCCUGGAUUAAGUCCUUCAAAACAAAACGUAGAAUCGAUAGUACCGAAGGCCUAAUUAGAGUUGCAAGAAAGCAGAGAUACUUUUCAGCAAAAAUCGUGCUAGUUGACUGGUUUUUUGACGUUGGAACCAAAGAGGACUCUCCUCCAUACCUCUGGGUUGUCUCUGAAAAUGACGUCUACUAUAGAAUUGAUAGGCCCUCGGGUGGUUAUUACAAUUCGUUCGCACCGGCAAAAUUACUCUUUGAUAUGUCCACAAGAAUUGUGAAGGAAAUGCAGUCAGAAAACGACAAAUCGUUUAAGAAUGUUUUAUUGUCAAUGACUAAGCCUAGAGUUCAAAGAAAUUCUGAUCGAAUGUUGUCAAACUAUUCAGCCCCUGGUUCUAUUGAGGCGAAUCUUACCAAUAAUCAAUUUAACUCAAAUUCACAAGAUACAGGAACUGAUAAAUUGGUCCCGGUUGCUCAAUUAAAUGGAAAGUUGACAAAUGCACAAGUAAAUGAUUUGGAAGAGAGAAAAGAAGAGUUGACUCAAUGGGGAGCUCCAGUGAAUAUCUACGGUUGUACACAGAUGGACGUGUAUAGGAACCUCGACUUCAUCUUCACGGAGUGCCGAUAUUACUACUUCUUCACAUGUAACAGGAAGUUGGAAACGUACUUGAGUGAGUUGGUGGAGAGGUUGCGAGAGCAAUCCCCAUUCCACUACUUUGACAACAACUUCAUGCGUCUGGACUACGUGGGUAAAAACACACUUGCAAACCGAUACAAGUCACAGCUGUAUAUUAAGGGGACUCCUAUUCAGAGUUUACCACAUUUACAACCCCAGCAAGCGUUGAUUAAGGCAGUGAAACGAGGCCCAAAGAACAAGAGGUUCAACCUUGAGGAGUACAACAACCAGUAUAGCAUGAACGAUAUGAAGAGCAGAAGCGGUAGAGUUAUUAGAAAUAAGGCAGUUUCGGAGAUGGAACCGGUGGUUCGCAAACACGUCGUUCAAACUGAAUCACAAAAAAGAGAAGAAUAUAGAAAGGCAGUUGAACUUGAAGCUAAGUGCGAUGGCCUUUUGCUUCCCUUCGAUUUCGAAUGGUCAAAUUAUAACACGUGCUCGGAAGCAUCUGAUACCGACAAAUCACCGCCGGUUCUUUCCAACGAUGCGGAUAUCGAACUUAAUAAUGCGAAGUAUUAUCCGAGAGAUAUUCCAUUGAGGACACUAAAGUUUUAUGGAAUUGAUGAGAUUGUUGAUUUGCUCGACCUAACGCGUCAGUUCUCAGUGCCAAGCAUGGCCUCGGCGCCACUCUUACCGAAAAUGACCUUCGUACAGUUGGAAGCAAAUCUUAUCUUUAACACGAGCCUCGCAGAAUAUAAACCCACCGAACUCUUUUCAUUCCCCUUAACAGAACCGAUCUGUAUUUGCAAUAAUAAACGAUUUAUGAAUACCCUUAGAACAAUUAACACUAAUGAUACAGUUGUUGAUAAUCCUAAAAAUGUGAAAGAAGAGUUGGACGAUGAAGAAUACGAUGAUGGAUUACAGUGGAUUUACUAUCUCAACAAGAAUCUUAUAAAUGAGGCGGAUGUCGAGUAUUUGGAGGACUUGGAUGAAGGUAGUCUGGGAAGGUUAUACUUAGGCCUGAUGCAAGUGUUCAGAAGAAGCGUGUGUAACUAUGGAUUCGAUUGGUUUGUCCAGAACCUGAGAGAAAGUGGAGAACUGAGCGACAAGAAGAAGGAAGUUCAGGAAAGAGAACUACAAGUUGCAAUCUCAGACUCUGAACUUGCAUUGGACUUUGUAAACACCAACGGAGGAUGUUUGUAUAAAGGAAGAUUUAAGAGAGUAGGACAAGACCCAGAUUCAGUAUUACCAUACGUAAACUCCUCAAGGUGGAAUAAAAGGUUCAAAAAGUUCCAAAGAGUAGUUACAGUUUCUUCAACAUACAGGUAUACUGUGAUAUCACACGAGCAAGAUAGAGAUAGUUUUACACUUUAUGACACUACAAGACCGAAAGUGUGUCCUUUAGAACUUUUGUACGGUUCAGACUCUAAUUAUAAGGUCAAUUUUACAGCAGGAGAACCACUUCCGACGUUCAAAAAAGUGCUCAACGUCUGGAAAAAAGACCACCCACAACACAUCAAAACUAACAACUCACUUUCCAAAUCUGUAAAUGAGUUUAUUAGUGGAUUAAACUCAUUUGUAAAUGUAAAGAAUAAUGGGAAUAAUACUCUUGGUGGUGAUUUGGAUCAGAGCGGAUAUGACAUGAAUUAUUACAACUGGUAUUUAGUUGAUGAGUCUGAGGAUUUGUAUAAGGAACCGGUACUCGGUUUUGGGUAUAAAGAACAUCAAAGUAUAGCACAAAAUGAGUUACUUUUAGACCCAGAAAUGCUAACAGAAUAUACUUGGAACGCACUUUUGAAGGUUUAUUUGUUUUACGCACUUUACACCUCCAAAACUACGUACCGCUAUAAACUAAACUCCGUGGUCUGGGGUGACCCGUCCUUUCUAAACUUCAGCCAGACCUACAAUCAAUUCAACAAACAGUUCUCAGAAGAUUUCAAAGGUUUUACCAAUCACGUAAAUGAGGUAAAUGAAGAGUUUGGAAAGGGGUUUGGAAAGGAAAUGGGUGAAGAUAAGUUUGAUGAAAUGAUUGAUACUGAGAAUCUGAAUAUGUUGGAUGAUAUACCAUUCGAAGAUUAUGAGAACAGCAACAGUGGAGUUGAAGAUGAUAAUUUACAAAUGGAUAAUAAUAAGUUGUAUCAAGAGGAUGAGGAAGAAGAGGAGGAAGAAGAAGAAGAUAGAGAACGUUCAACCAGAAGAGGUUGGGGAUUGAACCGUUAUUGCCCGUAUUACGAAUUUGAGAUGGAAUGGCACCCUGACCAGGAAAGGUUUGAAACCCUUUGUAAGGGAUCAAUUUCACCAGCAUUUGUUAAGUCAGCCUUUAUCAAGCUGAGACAUAAGACAUUUUUGCAGUUGGACCUGUACGAAAGGCUGAGUUUGUUGGUAUGGCUGGGCGCUAUUUUGAGUUACUCGAGCGUGGGGAAAAACUUUAUCGACGAACGAAACGAUGAGUUUUUCACACUCAAAUCGCAGCUGAUGAAGGCCGAAGACGAAAAAAAGAUCGUCAAAAGGCCGAAAGUAAUCAGCAGAGAACUGAUGGAACUUGAGGAAAGGUAUCUCCAAAGACCAGUGCUGUUAGGACUUGAUAGAUUUUACAACUCAUAUUAUUACUUUGGCCUCGACUAUGAGAGAAGAAUAUAUGUACAAACAAUGCCACAACUCAGGUUCAUACAAAAUCGGAUAAUAAGAAGGAGUAAGUACUUGAGAAAACCCUCAAUUAACCCCAAACUUUUCACUUUCGACCUGUCUGAAUUUGCACAAAAGUUCACACAGGAUAGAAUUUUUAACCAGGUAAAAGGUAAAAGGGGUAGAAAAAGAGAGUCAUCCAAUCAACAACAAGAUGAAAAUAAUUCUAAAAGAAGUAAAUUAAAUACACCGAAUACACAAACUAAAAUCACCAAUCUAAUGACAGUUGAUAAUAAAGGAAGUGUUACAGAUAAAAGACCCAAUGGUACUAAUGUCACUAAUAAUGAUAACACAGUUGAUAACGUGGAGAACCUGGAGAAUUAUACAAUUGAUAAUGAUUCAACACUAAAUACACCAGAUCGACUAGUCUCCGAUACGCCAUCAAAUGACACGACUAACCGUGAUGAUGCCACAAAUAACACCAUAGAGAACACUGAAACAAACAAUCAGAAGGAAGAAAAUGUUAAGGAAGAAAUGAAGAAGAAGAGAAGUAAAGGUAGAUCUAGAAAUAGACCGAAGGUUAGACGUAGUCGUCAGGUGUUUGACCGUCAUCCAACUUUUUUCAGGACAGUCGAUGAGUAUUUAGAAUAUCUGACAAAUGUACCAUCUAUCCUAAGCUGGUGCGUAAUUGACUCUCAUAAGUCACUUAAACGUUUCAUAACAAGGCUUUCACAACAUACAACAAAUGAACGUAAUUUGGCACUUAGACUUAUGCAAAUUGAGCCCGACUUCUCUUUGCCCUCAUUUGAAAUCCUAACGUAUAAAUCGCCCACAAUCAUAGGAGAAAUGUUGCUCCCACUUCUCAGAGGAGUUUACAGAUUCUUCAAAAAUUCUUUUACCAAAAUUGUUCUAUCCACAACAAUACUCGAUAGUAAUACUGUUAGUACUACUAAGGGUACUGAUGAUACUACUAAUACUAAGGAUAAUUCUAAUGACGCAUCGAAAAAUGCUGAUAAAAUAAAGACCAGAAUGGAACAAGUGUAUAAUAAUGGAUUACAUUUAAAUUUGUACGUUAAUAACAUGAUAAAGAAGUGUUUGACGUUGUGUGUGUCUGACCUUGAAGGAUGUAGAGAGUGUUUGAAGGGGGUCUUGGAGUUAGUGUAUCUGUUUGAGUUCGUGACCAACAGAUACUAUCACCACAUAAAGUGGCUAGAAAUGAGAAAUGAGUGGAGACUCAAUUUAGAAGCUAUAUAUAAUCAGCUAAACACUGAUAACCCGACUUUGAGAAAAGUUUUAAAUCAAAAAAUUAAAACACCAGGUGAACAUAACGCUUGUUGUUGUGCAAAUUCCCCAAUUUAUCUCGACAAUAAUUUGGGUAGUGAAAUGAUGAUGAUGGUUGAAAAGGUUGGUUUGUGGUUUAGGUUUUUCGAGGUGUAUAACCACGAUGCUUCCCUGGAUUUUUCAGUUACCACUGCAGUCAAUUACAAGAAGUUUGUGAGUGAACAUGGAGAAAGUCUCAAUUCAGCACUAAGCGAACCCGACAAGCUUGAUAUAUUCGAGCUUCUAAACUCUCUGAGCGUGAGAGACACUAUGGUAUUCUUUCCAGGAGGAAUGAUGGAGUUGAUCGACUCAGUUACGUAUUUGCUGAAGGAUAUUCAGGAGUCUUUGGGAAUCAAAGUGAACGAAGAAAAACAGACAAAUAAGAGUAGUAAGAGCUCAAAACCUAAGAAGAAAAGGAAGAAGAGAGAUAGGGACGCUGAUUCCGAUGUUAAUCUCACGGAUAUUGAAAGUAUGACUGACCCGAAUGAUUUGUACCAACUCUACGAUAUAGAUGAUGUAGAUCAAACAAAUGUUUCAAAGGAUGAUAAUAGUUCUAAGUCUACUUCAAGAAAGUCUUCAAAAAAAUCUCAAACAACACCAGAUACUAAUUCUAGCCCUACUACUAAGGAUGCUACUAAUACUAGUGCUGGGGAUAAUAAAAAUAAAGAUAAUCCUAACACUGAUAAUACUACUGAUACUAACCCAAAUAACACUGAUAACACUAAUAAUAAUGAAGAUAGUUCUGUUGUAAAUGUUAAAGAAGAGAAAACAGAAAAGAAACCGAAAAGACCAAAGAAAACGAAAUCGCCAAAUGGUGAUGCAACCGCAAAUAAUGAAGCUAACCAAGAGACUGAGUCAGUAGUUUCAGAUACUUCCCCAGUAUAUAACACUGUAUCAGGAGAUACUACAAAUAACAAUGUAAAGGAUGAGAAUCCAGAAAACUCAGCAGUAAAGGAAGAAAGUCUUAAAGAAGAUAAUGAAGAACUUAUCGAACAAAUAAAGUUACUCUUGGCAAAAUUGGAACAUAAUUACAGGCAUGCACCUCAGGAAACAAGUCAAGUGAGAAUCCUAUCAAUCACUACCAAUCUCAUUGAUCUAAAGAUGCCCUCAAAAGCAUCCGUUUCAGCCAACAACACUGUAGAUGAGGUUAAUGAUAGUUCUAAUGCAGUUAGUGAUGGGGGCGUAGCUAAUGAAGUAAAAGAUGAGAAGGUAUCGGAUAGAUUUAGCGAGUUAAAGAUAUUUUGUUUGAACUUGACUGUUGAGAGUUUGGGUUACGAAGAAGAAAGUGAUGGUGAGGAAGAAAGUCUUGACGAGAAGUUCGGACUAGUCACAAAUUUGAGACGCGUUUGCAGAACAAUGUUAAGAAUUGAAAAAUCGAGAGCUGCUAAGAAGGUCACAGAGGAGCCAACGUUCAUCCCAAGACCUAAUUCAGCCUCUUCACCCAAAGUAUUCAAUCUCACAGUCCCAAUACUCCUCAAAUAUCCCAAACAACUCCAUUUACCCAACUUCAUGUAUUCUUAUCAAAGGGUAUAUGAUAGCUUGAAGAGUUUCAGUAGAGCAACUCAGAAAUGUAAGAAUAGAUAUACUGGCCAAACCGGAGUUAUAAAGAGGUCAAAUUUCGCAAUGUUAGAUAUCUGGAAGUGCGUUCAGGUCGAAUGGAACGAUAAUAAAAAGGAACAAAAGGCAUGCAACCCCUGGGAACUCAUUUUGUAA